AUAAAUAACGUGUUUUAGAUGGUAUUUAAGCUCCUGCUAGCGUGAGCUAACUGUGUAGCACUUACAUGUCAACACACUGCGAUAAAACUUCACAACUCCGACAUUAUUCAUGGGUUUAAAGAGGAGAUCACUUUCAGGAUGACUGCGAGGAUUUAACACAACUAUCUUCUUAUGAACACAGGUCUGAACACACACACAUGGCCUGGAGUACGUUUAUAGCCAUGGAAAGCUCGACCCAACCCCACACGCCGUGUCCCGAUCCGCUCAAACCGGCUUGUGGCGCCGCCCUGCAGGUUCAUCUGUACUACUGCAGCCAGAGCACGAGCAGCACGAGCGCCUCGUCUCUCAGUUACCCGCCUGGAGAUUACGUCGCAGAGGAACUGUGCAUCAAGGCUGCCAAAGAGUGCGGGGUCAGUCCUGUGUACCUGAGUUUGUUUGGCCUGAUGAGAGAGCAGGACCACAUGUGGUACCCACCCAAUCACAUCUUUAAAGUGGACGAGUCCACCAAUGAGAAGCUCCUGUUCAGAAUAAGGUUUUAUUUUCCCAGCUGGUAUGGAAGAGGAUUAAGCCACGCCCAUCGCUACGGCAUCACCAAGAGCUCUGAGACCCCUGUGUUUGAUGAUGUCACCACAGCAUACCUGUUCGCCCAGUGGAGGAGUGAUUUUGUGGACGGUUCUGUGACCAUCCCAGUUACCCAUGACUCUCAGGAGGAGUGUCUCGGUCUUGCCGUGUUGGACAUGAUGAGGAUCGCUAAAGAGAAAGGCAGAACGCCCAUCGAAAUUUACCGUGACAGCAGCUAUAAGAAUUUCCUGCCCAAGUCCAUCCGCACACACAUCCAGCAGUACCACAUUGUGACGAGGAAGAGGAUCCGUUAUCGGUUCCGUCGGUUUGUGGAGCGUCUGCAUCACUGCCGAGCGCCUGUCAGCGAGCUCAUGCUGAAGUACGUGGCCAGUUUAGAGGUUCUGCAGCCAGGAUUCUACACUGAACACUUCCUUGUCUCACAGCCUAUUGUUGGCAUGGUAACCAUUGUCGUCAGCGGCAACCAUGGCAUCCAGUGGACCAAGGGAAAAGAUGCUGGAGAUGGACAGGAUCUACAGGUGUACUGUGAUUUCCCUGAUGUUAUUGACAUCAGCAUUAAGCAGGCGAGCAAAGACGGUUCUGUGGAGAGUCGCAUCGUUACCAUCAACAGACAGGACGGCCAGACGCUGGAGUUAGAGUUCUCGUCUCUGUCUGAGGCGUUGUCCUUCAUCUCCCUGAUCGAUGGUUACUACAGACUCACCACAGAUGCUCAUCAUUACCUGUGCAAACAAGUGGCGCCCCCUAGACUGCUGGAGGGCAUUCAGUGUAACUGCCACGGCCCCGUCUCGAUGGAUUUUGCCAUCAAUCGUCUCCGUCGCUGUAACAACGCUAAAGGCAUGUACAUCCUACGCUGCAGCCCUAAAGACCAUGACAAGUACUUCCUGUCCUUCGUGGUUGGGUACGACGGCAUGUUUGAGUAUAAGCACUGUCAGGUCGUGCGCAGCGUAGCAGGUGAGUUUGUCCUGAGUGGAGCGAAUUGUGUGUUCAGCAGUCUGAGCGAGCUUCUGCACCGCUACCAGAAGGAGGCGCUGCGCUCCGAGGGUCACAUCUUCCAGUUCACCAAGUGCUGCCCUCCUAGGAACAAAGAAAAGACAAACUUGUUAAUCUGCAGGAGUGAUCAGGUUUCAGAUGUUCCCUUCUCUCCAUCACCCCUCAAACAUACUCAGAUGGUCUUCCAUAAAAUCCACAGAGAAGACUUGCAAACGAUGGAAAGUUUGGGCCAGGGGACGUUCACACAGGUCUUCCGUGGAGUCAGAAGGGAGCUGGGAGAUUAUGGGGAGGUGCACGAGAUGGACGUGGUGAUGAAGGUGCUGGACAAAAGCCACCGCAAUUACACUGAGUCAUUCUUUGAAGCAGCCAGUAUGAUGAGUCAGAUUUCCCAUAAGCACUUGCUGCUGAAUUAUGGGAUCUGUGUGUGUACAGAAGAGCACAUCAUGGUGCAGGAGUUUGUGCGCUUUGGCUCAUUGGACACAUACCUGAGAAGGAACCGUAACUCCAUCAACAUAACCUGGAAGCUGGAGGUGGCCAAGCAACUGGCAUGGGCUAUGCAUUACCUGGAGGAUAAGAGCCUGAUCCAUGGGAAUGUGUGUGCUAAAAACAUUCUGCUUGCUAGAGAGGAAGACAGAAAAUCUCACACUCCACCUUUCAUUAAACUGAGUGACCCUGGAAUCAGCAUCUCAGUUCAGCCCAGAGAGAUUCUGAUUGAACAAAUCCCCUGGAUUCCUCCAGAGUGUGUGGAGGAUCACACAAACCUGAGCCUAGCCACGGACAAGUGGAGCUUCGGCACCACGCUGUGGGAGAUUUACACUGGAGGAGAGAAACCUCUCAGCUCCUACGACUCCUCCAAGAAGCUGUUGUUCUAUGAGGACAGACAUCAGCUCACUGCCCCCAAAUGGACAGAACUGGCCACUCUAAUUAACAGCUGUAUGGAUUACGAGCCGUGUCAGCGUCCGUCAUUUAGAUCUGUCAUCCGAGACCUGAACAGCCUCUUCACCCCUGAUUACGAGCUGUUGGUAGAGAACGACGUUCUCCCUGGUAGGAACCGUGGGUUUGGGUUCUCAGGAACGUUCGACAGCCGAGAGCCGACUCAGUUCGAGGCGCGGCACCUGAUCUUCCUGCAGCAGCUUGGAAAAGGGAACUUUGGCAGUGUGGAGAAGUGUCGUUAUGACCCGCUGCAGGACAACACCGGGGAGGUCGUAGCGGUGAAGAAGCUGCAGCACAGCACCGCAGAACACCUUCGUGACUUCGAGAGAGAGAUCGAGAUCCUCAAAUCACUACAGCACGAGAACAUCGUCAAAUAUAAAGGAGUGUGUUACACUGCAGGUCGUAAAAACCUGCGCUUGGUGAUGGAGUAUCUUCCGUUCGGCAGUCUGAGGGAAUAUCUCGCUAAAAACAAGGAGCGCUUCGAUCACAAGAAGUUAUUACAUUACGCUUCACAGAUCUGCAAAGGGAUGGACUAUCUGGGUUCUAGGCGCUACAUCCACAGAGACUUGGCGACACGGAACAUUCUGGUGGAAAGUGAAAUGCGUGUGAAGAUCGGAGACUUCGGCCUGACCAAGGUUCUUCCUCAGGAUAAAGACUAUUAUACAGUGAGGGAACCUGGAGAGAGUCCCAUCUUCUGGUAUGCUCCUGAGUCUCUAAUAGAGAGUAAGUUCUCAGUGGCGUCAGAUGUUUGGAGUUUUGGAGUCGUUCUGUAUGAACUGUUCACCUACAGUGACAAAAACUACAGCCCUCCUGCUGUGUUUAUGGAGAGGAUGGGUGUCGAUAAACAGGGACAGAUGAUCGUGUAUCACCUGAUUAGUCUGCUUAAAGACACCUACAGACUUCCUGCUCCUCAGGGCUGCCCUGUUGAGGUUCAUUGUGUGAUGAAGGAAUGCUGGGCAGCCGAUCCGACACAGAGGCCGUCGUUCAGGUCCCUCGGUCGUACCAUCGACUCCAUCAGAGAGAGUAAAGAGGAAUGAACGCACCUCAUCAUCCAUCAGAGAAUGUCAGUGAUGAAAUCUCUCUGAGAGACAGAAAGAAAAGGAGGGACGACCGAGGGAGGAAUGCUGAGUUAUCACCAUGCAGCCUUCACUCCAUCGCUCCUGUUUCAUCUCAAUUAAAUUUGCGUCUGUAUUGUGUCUGUUACGUUCAUCAGUUGCCAUGAUGACAUGUGGGUGAAGUUUAGGUGUUAAAGCAAUUACAGAUGUUGAAGUGUGUAUACUUUAUACUCAGGGUGUGUUCGAGCUUUCAUUCAUCACAAACUCUCCAUCGGGGUUCAUUACCUUUAGCUUUAAUGGCACCUGCAAAGAAUUUUGUAAUACUUUUGCGAUAAUGUCCCGGCUUCACACUACUCCAUUUUAUUUACACACAGUAUGUUUGUUUGGCUGAACGGUGUCCAUAAAGUUUCAUCUGAUUUUAGUAAAAGAUCACGUCACAUGACGCAUAAGACUCGUUCUCUUUGGAAUUCUUGUACUUUUCAGUGAGUCAAUUGAUUUGACUCAGUUCACCAAAAAGAAUCAACUCUUUGAGUUUUGAUUGUUUUUCUCAUAGCUGAAAACCUUCUCGUCCAUGAAGGACACGUCAGUACUCGACUCUGACUCAUGACUCCUGAAAAGCUACAGCAGCACGUCGUCCUUCUGGCACUGAAACUUUCUGCUAAAGCAGGUUGUGUGUAGACUUUUACACGGGUGUGUUUUAUUGAUAGAUUUUUAUACAUACUUAAACCAAUUCCUGUAUUUUAUAUUUUGUAUCACGUGUUCAUUAUUUUGUUUUGUAACCUUUAGUACCGUCGCAGUGAAGCCACAUGAUAAAUCUGUACAGUAUGUUGUGUUUUACAAAAGUAUGAUAAAUCUGUACUUUUUUCCCAAGAAGAAAAAUGGAUAUUAAAAGAGGGAAUAAAUAAAAAGAGAAGUGUG